ACGACGUGCUUGUCGACGUACUGCUCGUCGACGAUGUGCUUGUCGACGUUGUGCUACUGGUGGAACUUGACGAGGAAGUCGAGGUGGUGCUGCUUGACGACGUACUAGUGGAAGAUGUGGUGCUUGAAGAUGUGCUGGUUGACGUGCUGCUCGUGGAAGAACUCGUGGUGGAUGUAGUGCUGGUACUGGUGGAGGAGGUGCUCGUAGAGGUAGUACUACUUGAAGACGUGCUACUCGAUGUUGUAGUGCUGCUGGAUGAACUCGUGGAGGUGGUCGAUGUGCUUGUUGAAGACGAACUGGUGGAAGUUGUACUUGAUGACGACGUCGACGUCGAAGUUGUACUUGUGCUGCUUGAAGAUGUGCUCGUCGAGCUGGUGCUGCUGGAAGAAGUACUGGUUGAUGUCGUGCUACUUGUAGAGCUUGUCGUGGAAGUACUACUGGUGCUGCUGGAAGAAGUGCUAGUAGAGCUUGUGCUGGUAGAUGACGUGCUGGUAGACGUGGUGCUGCUUGUAGAGCUUGUGGUAGACGUGGUCGUGGUGCUACUGGACGACGUGCUGGACGAAGUCGUGCUGCUAGUCGACGUGCUUGUCGACGUACUGCUCGUCGACGAUGUGCUUGUCGACGUUGUGCUACUAGUGGAGCUUGACGAGGAAGUCGAGGUGGUGCUGCUAGACGACGUACUAGUGGAAGAUGUGGUGCUUGAUGAUGUGCUGCUGGAUGUGCUGCUUGUUGAAGUCGUACUGGUACUGCUAGAUGAAGUGCUCGACGUUGAUGUACUUGUCGAUGAAGUGCUGCUUGAGGAGCUGCUUGUAGAAGUUGAACUGGUGCUGCUUGAGGACGUACUUGUGGAAGAUGUGGUGCUCGAUGAUGUACUGGUUGACGAUGUGCUUGUUGAGGACGUGCUCGUGGACGACGUGCUCGUCGAAGAUGUGCUUGUCGACGAUGUGCUUGUUGAGGAGCUGCUUGUGGAAGUCGUGCUGGUGCUGCUUGAGGAUGUGCUACUUGACGAAGUGCUGCUGGAUGAUGUACUGGUUGAAGUCGUGCUGGAUGUGGAGCUACUGGUUGAAGACGACGUGGUGCUGCUUGACGACGUACUUGUGGAGGACGUAGAUGUCGACGAUGUGCUGGUUGAAGUCGUGCUUGUUGAAGAGCUGCUUGUUAAAGACGUGCUGGUACUGCUGGAAGACGAGCUCGAAGUUGACGUGCUUGUCGACGAAGUGCUGCUUGAGGAGCUGCUUGUUGAAGAUGUGCUGGAGGACGAUGUGCUCGUCGACGACGUGCUCGUCGAAGAAGUGCUGGUUGAAGUCGUGCUACUGGAAGAGGUGCUGGUAGAGGAGCUUGUAGUGGUACUGCUAGAAGACGUGCUCGUCGAUGAUGUGCUGGUGGAGCUUGAGCUUGUGGAGCUUGUACUCGUGGAGCUCGAGCUCGUGGAGGUGGAGGUGGUGGUGGACGUUGUUGACGAAGUGCUGCUGGUAGUACUUGAUGAUGUGCUUGUAUAUGUCGUGCUGCUGGAGGUGGUGCUGCUCGAGGUUUUGCUGGUGGAGGUGCUGCUCGUGCUGCUGGAUGAAGUGCUUGUCGAGGUUGUGCUGGUCGACGACGUGCUUGUGGUGGUUGUGGUGGACGUGCUGCUCGACGUACUGCUUGUAGUUGUUGAUGUUGACGAUGAUGAGGUUUUUGUGGUUGAAGUGCUCGAUGUACUGAUCGUAGUCGUGCUUGUCGCAGUCGUGGAAGACGACGUGGUUGAUGUAACACUUGUGGUGGAAGUUUUGGUUGUUGUGCUUGUCAAUGUAGUACUGGUACUGGACGUGGAUGUCGUUGUCGAACUCACGCUCGUGGUUGAAGUGCCAGUUGUAGACGAAGUCAAGGUUGUCGUGGAAGUAAUGGAAGUUGUGGUGGAUGAUGUCGUGGUGGAAGUCACACUCGUGGUAGAGGUAGUUGUAGUUGUUGAAGUGAGAGUAGUUGUAGAUGUUGCCGUGGUAGUGGACGAUACGCUUGUCGUCGAAGUCCCUGUGGUCGUGGAAGUCACUGAGGUCGUCGAAGUGAUGCUGGUCGAAGAAGUGGAUGUGGUUGUGGACGUCAUACUCGUCGUGGAUGUUGCCGUCGUGGUGGACGUCACGCUCGUGGUAGAGGUCACCGUGGUUGUCGAAGUGACACUAGUUGUGGAAGUCACCGUGGUUGUGGUUGUCGUUGUUGCUGUAGUUGUAGAUGUUACACUUGUCGUGGAGCUUGCUGUCGUGGUGGACGUCACACUGGUCGUCGAGGACAGAGUAGUUGUCGAAGUAAAGCUGGUAGUGGAAGUCACCGUGGUUGUGGAACUGACCGUAGUUGUUGAAGUGACACUGGUUGUCGAUGUUGCCGUAGUUGUGGAUGUUACACUGGUGGUCGAAGUAGCUGUGGUUGUGGAGCUGAUAGUUGUUGUCGAAGUGACACUAGUGGUCGACGUUGCCGUCGUUGUGGAUGUUGCACUGGUGGUAGAAGUAGCCGUGGUUGUAGAACUGACGGAGGUAGUCGAAGUGAUACUUGUUGUCGAGGUUACCGUCGUUGUGGCUGUUACACUAGUGGUUGAAGUAGCGGUGGUAGUGGAGGUUAAACUUGUCGUGGAAGUUGCCGUCGUGGUCGAAGUCACACUCGUGGUUGAUGUGAGUGUGGUUGUCGAUGUAAAGCUAGUCGUGGAAGUCAUCGUUGUUGUUGAACUGACUGUGGUGCUUGAACUUAUAGUGGUUGUGGUCGUCGCUGUAGUCGUUGAUGUCAUACUGGUGGUGGAGGUUGCUGUGGUGGUGGACGUCAUGCUCGUUGUAGAAGUCACCGUGGUUGUCGUUGUGGCACUGGUGGUGGAGCUCAUCGUUGCCGUGGAUGUGACCGUAGUUGUGGAAGUGAUGCUAGUGGUCGAAGUUGCUGUAGUUGUAGAUGUUAUGCUUGUCGUGGAGCUUGCGGUCGUAGUGGACGUUACACUGGUGGUCGAAGUUGCCGUAGUUGUGGAAGAUAUACUGGUGGUCGAAGUAGCUGUGAUUGUGGAACUGACCGUUGUCGUGGAAGUGAUACUGGUUGUCGAUGUUGCCGUAGUUGUGGAUGUUACACUGGUGGUCGACGUAGCUGUGGUUGUGGAACUGACCGUUGUCGUGGAAGUGACACUGGUGGUCGAAGUAGCUGUGGUUGUGGAACUGACCGUUGUCGUGGAAGUGAUACUGGUUGUCGAGGUUGCCGUAGUUGUGGAUGUUACACUGGUGGUCGACGUAGCUGUGGUUGUGGAACUGACCGUUGUCGUGGAACUGACACUGGUC